AUGAAUGAACGAACGAACAGUGAUCAAGAUGAAAUUUUAUAUAUGGAUGAAAUUCCGGAUGAGAGUUUGCAACCGUUAACUCUCGAAUUAAAAAAUCCAUUGCCACGCGUGGAGCCGCGACUCGGUGCACUUUUAGAAACAGACAACACUUAUAAUCCACGACCAACUUCGGGUCCAGAGAUAGACGAUCUAGAACCUGGUAUUCUUUCACGGCCAGGUGAUAAAGGUAUCGACGACGGUCUUAUACCAGAAACAUCGUUUGGACAACCGAACUACCCUAGCGGACAACAUCCCUUUUUUCCUCAACCACCGAUUCAACCGAUACCGGAUGUGAACAUUUAUCAGCAUAAAAAGACUCUUGCUCAAGGAAUGAUGGAUUUAGCAUUGUUAUCAGCUAAUGCUAAUCAAUUGCGUUAUGUUCUACAAACCGACGGUCGGCAUCCAUAUUAUUAUCCUUCAUUGACAAUGAUUACUUCCAGUUUACUCAUUCAAGUUGUAGUUGGAAUUGGAUUAAUUUGGAAUAGUAGAUACGAUGUAAAGGUCGACGCGCAAAUGUGUAAAGCUGAAACAGCUAAUAAUUGGACUGUUAUCGGUAUAUUUCUCGUCACGGUUCUCAAUGUUUUUAUUUCAUCGUUCGGUGUAAUUGACCUGAUAACGACUCCCACGUCGUGA